AAAGUGAGGAGUUUUGUAUGGCGGUCAACACGAGUGUCGAAUUUGGUCAACAAAAAAUGUAAUUGCUCAUUUGCGACGUGAGACUUAUUUGAUCGAAUUGAAGUUUAGCAAUGGUUAGUUUGUUAUGAAUGCACUGAUAUAAGUGAACGAGCGUGGCAUUCCGGCAACUUUUGGGGAAAAAACUACUUUUAUCGGAGUUGCGCCGACUGAGGGGGUUGUGCAUGUUGAUCACACGCGUAUCUGCCCUCUUAUUGGCUAGAAUGUUCCAACUGAUUUCGCCUCCUCCCGCCUGCCUUCCAUCUUUGAGGACAUGUAUUUCCAUUGUUAAAGCGGUCACUCGACUGUCUUGUCAAUAUAAUAGAACACCUUUGGGGAUAUCAUGGGAGGUGUGAAGCAGGAGCAGAAUGAUGGACCACCACCAAGAGGCAUGCCGUCCUCUGAUGCAGCACACGAAGAGCAUAUCCGUUCUCUUUCUGUACAGCCUGUGAAGAAGAGGGGUUGGCCAAAGGGUAAGAAGAGAAAGAAGGUUUUGCCCAACGGUCCCAAGGCACCAGUGACUGGAUAUGUGCGCUUUCUGAAUGAACGACGAGAGCAGAUCCGUGCCAAGUACCCUGACCUGCCCUUUCCAGAAAUUACCAAGAGGUUGGGCGCAGAGUGGAGCUGCUUAGCACCUAAUGACAAACAGCGCUUCCUGGAUGAGGCGGAGCGAGAAAAGCUGCAGUAUGCCCGGGAGCUGAGAGAAUACCAACAGAGUGAGGCCUAUCAGAUCACCAGUGCCAAGAUCCAGGACAAGAAGGUCAAGAGAGAGGAGUCUCCAUCUGUCAUUAUCAAUGCCAACAGUUCUGGAUCAGCUGCUCUGAAGGGUUCAGACUACCUGUCCAACAGAUUUGAUGUUCCAAUAUUCACAGAGGAGUUCCUGGACCAGAACAAGGCCCGGGAAGCAGAGCUGCGGCGUCUACGCAAAGCCAACGUUGAGUUUGAGGAGCAGAAUGCCGUGCUGCAGAAGCACAUAGCAGACAUGUACAGCGCCAAAGAGAGACUGGAAGCUGAACUGGGGCAGGAUGAGCUCCGGACGCAGGCCUUACACAGGCACCUGCUGGCCAUCAAACACACCCUCGUCAGCAGUCUGUCCACCGUGGCCCUGCCAGGCACAGGUGAGACUCCCUCUCUUGGUACCCUGGACUCUUACCUGAGUCGCCUGAGUGGUACUCUGGAGAGCAACCCUCAUGAGCACCGUGCCUUGCUGACUCAGCUUCGCGAUGUCCUUUCUCACCUGGACAGUGAGAAGCUAUGAUGGGACCUCCACACCCAUUCUGACUUGAUGUGGAUCCUGGAUGGUAUAACAACAGGUCAUAUCGGUGCCCUUCAGUGUAGUCAUGGGAUAGAUAGGAUGUCUUUCUGAUGUAACAGACAAAUUACAAACUGAUAAAACACAAGGCUCAGUCUAUAUAGCAUUACUCUGUGGUAUACAGAGUAAUAUAUACAUUGAUUAAAUAAAGAAAAUUCCUCAGCAAUCCCCACACCCCCUAAUUGCAAGGUGAGUUCCUAGAAUUUUUUGCAAAUGUAUAAAAAUUAUUUUAAAAAAUACCUUAUUUACAUAUGUAUUCAGACCCUUUGCUAUGAGACUUGAAAUUGAGCUCCGGUUUUUCCUGUUUCAAUUGAUCAUCCUUUUAAAUGUUUCUAAAACUUGAUUGGAGUCCACCUGUGGUAAAUUCAAUUGAUUGCACAUGAUUUGGAAAGGCACACCUGUCUAUAUAAGGUCACACAGUUGACAGUGCAUGUCAGAGCAAAAACCAAGCCAUGAGGUCAAAGGAAUUGUAGAGCUCCGUGACAGGAUUGUGUCGAGGCACAGAUCUGGGGAAGGGUACCAAAACAUUUCUGCAGCAUUGAAGGUCCCCAAGAACACAGUGGCCUCCAUCAUUUUUAAAUGGAAGAAGUUUGGAACCACCAAGACUCUUCCUCGAGCUGGCCGUCCGGCAAAACUGAGCAAUCGGGAAAGAAUGGCCUUGGUCAGAGAGGUGACCAAGAACCCGAUGGUCACUGACAGAGCUCUAGAGUUCCUCGUUGGAGAUGGGAGAAGCUUCCAGAAGGACAACCAUCUCUGCAGCACUCUGUCAAUCAGGCCUUUAUGGUAGUGGCCAGACUCCUCAGUAAAAGGCACAUGACAGCCUGCUUGGAGUUUGCCUAAAGACAAUAUUAAACUAUUUGGCCUGAAUGCCAAGUGUCACAUCUGGAGGAAACCUGGUACCAUCCCUAUGGUGAAGCAUGGUGUUGGCAGCAUCAUGCUGUGGGGAUGUUUUUCAGCGGCAGUGACUGGGAGACUAGUCAGGAUCGAGGGAAAGAUGAUCGGAGCAAAGUACAGAGAGAUCCUUGAUGAAAACCUGCUCCAGAGCGAGCACUCAGGACCUCAGACUGGGGCGAAGGUUCACCUUCCAACAGGACAACGGCCCUAAGCACACAGACAAGACAAUGCAAGAGUGGCUUCAGGACAAGUUUCUGAAUGUCCUUGAGUGGCCCAGCCAGAGCUUGGACUUGAACCCGAUCCAACAUCUCUGGAGAGACCUGAAAAUAGCUGUGCAGCAAUGCUCCCCAUCCAACCUGACAGAGCUUGAGAGGAUCUGCUGUGGAGAAGAAUGGGAGAAACUCCCCAAAUACUGGUUGGCCAAGCUUGUAGCAUCAUACCCAAUAAGACUUGAGGCUGUAAUCACUGCCAAAGGUGCUUCAACAAAGUACUGAGUAAAAGGUCUGAAUACCUAUGUAAAUGUGAUGUUUAUUUUUAAAUUAGCUAAAAUGUCUGAAAGCCUAUUUUUGCAUUGUCUUUAUGGGGUAUUUUGUGUAGAUUGAGGGGGGGGGGCAAUUUAAUACAUUUUAGAAUAAGGCUGUAACCUAACAAAAUGUGGAUAAGUCAAGGGGUCUGAAUAUUUUCUGAAGGUACUGUAUCUGCAUGUGUACGGUCUUGUUCAGCUUUGGAGGCAAAUGUCAGCCUUUCAGGCUUGUUGUGAAAAGUCAUUAUGUCAACUGCCUUACCUUGUUCCAUUGAUAGUUCCUAUGGUUUAUGGGGAAAAAAUCAUGGGAAAAGCAGUUUACAUGCCCUUUUUCCAUAUGUCUUCACUUGAAAUAAGGAGAUUGAAGAAGUGUACUUGUGUCAAAUGAGAGACCAAAUGAACUGGAAAAGAUCAUAGCAACAUUUUCAGAAUAGUUUUUUGUAAUGCUAUUGACAUUAGGGGUGGGAAGUUUUGGAUGAAGGUUUUUUUUGUAAUGUUUUUUUUUUUUAAUGAAUUUGAAAUUGAAGUUUUGUCUCCUUUUGUAAUCAUUAUUUCAAUUUCCAAUAAAAGUAAAUGUGUGUAA